AUGGCUGAUAAAGAGCCUUGUAACGUACUUGCUCGCAAUCGUAUCAAAUCCCAGCCCACCACUCUAAUGAGAAGGGAACCGAUGGAAGCUAGCUUGGAGCAAAACGAGACCUUUCCCGAUCAUGGAGUCCAGCCCGCUAGCCGCACCGUAUCCAUUUCCCAACUCCCUGUCGCAGGUAGUGCCGCCAUGGUGCCCCAAGUACCUCCCACGGAAGCCUCUCAACAGGCUUCACUUCAGACCGUCCCUCAUAUUCUAUCGAAACUGAAUAUUGAUCACUAUCUCGAAUCGAAAGCUAAGGCAGUGAAACUUGAACAAGAGCUGCUUGUGCUCAAUCGCAAGAUUGAGGAGCUUACAACGAUUAUCGAGGAACAAGACAUCAAGUACGAAUCAGAGCUCCACCCAGAGCUCGACAACCAAGAGCAUGCUAUAGCAGCACUAAAUAAAAGGCACGAAGAUAAGUUUGAGAAAAAGAGGCAAGCGUUGAGAGAGCAAAUGACUACGAAACUCGAAGCGCGGAAUACCCUUAAUCUGGAGCGCAUGCGCGAUAGUAUUUCAGUGGAGGACUUGCGCGAAUGUAUACCAGUAAAGGUCUUGCUAUAA